AAGGCGCUCGCCAUCGGCCGCUCGCUCCUCCUCCUCUUUCUCCUUGCAGAUCUCAUAUCGCGGUCCACUGCGACGAUAGCCGAGAGGGGGAACGAUUGAUCGGAACGAGGGAGGAUGCUGCCGACCGUGUCCAAGGGGCGCGGGACCUCAGCCGUUCGGCCCGCCCCGGGAUUCUCCCAAUACCUCCGCCGAAUCGUCAAGUGGCAACAAAUGGAUAUCGAGUAUACCUUUUGGCAAAUGCUUCAUCUUUGUACCUCACCCAAAGUUGUCUACCAGCACACUAAGUACCAUAAACAAACAAAGAACCAAUGGGCACGAGAUGAUCCUGCUUUUGCUGUGAUCUUCUGUCUCUUUUUGAUAGUUGCCACUUCAGCAUAUUGUGCUGCGUAUGGCGUGACUUGGGUGCAUUCUGUGUUCACUGUUGUUUCAGUUGUUGCCUUCCAUUUCUUGUUAGCAGGAACGAUUUUGGCUACAUGUUGUUGGUUUCUGACAAAUACAUACAUGCGUGAGGAGACACCAAGCAGUCAUGCAGUCGAGCAACGGGUUGAAUGGCUGUAUGCUUUUGACGUUCACUGCAACUCUUUCUUUCCAGCAUUCGUUUUGCUCUAUGUGAUUCAGUACUUUGUAUCCCCUCUCUUGGUAGCACAUGGCUUCUUUCCAAUGUUGGUCUCAAACCUACUUUUCAUGGUGGCCAUAUCUUACUAUCACUAUCUGAAUUUUCUCGGCUACGAUGUUCUUCCAUUCUUGGACAAAACAACCUUCUUUUUGUAUCCUAUUGGACUUGUCAUCAUCUUAUCCCCGCUGAUGAUUCUUAGUGGCUUCAACCCCACAAGGUAUAUGAUGAGGCUGUACUUCGGUUAGCGACCGUACGCCAAGGGCGCACCACAGGGUGGCCAAGAUAACCCGACAGCGGGGGAGUGCGAGUGAAACCUCAUGGUCGGUCCAUUAGAUUGAUUUGGCAGGUUUCUCGUUGAUGCGAAGGAAAGAGGCGGAGAAUGGACUGAUGAUUCCUUUCAAGUCUUUUGUUGUAGGGUGCUAGAUACACAACAGUCACAGGAGAGAGAGAGACAGAGAGUGAGUGAGAGUAAUUAGACGUGAGAAGGGUUAUCUGAAAGAAACGUAUUGUUUUUUUUAUGUUUGUUUGUUUUGGGAUUCCAUCUUAUUUCAGUCUUGUGACUGACUGACUGACCAUUGCCAAUUAAUGUGCAUUUAGAAUUAAAACUCUCAAAGGAAA